AAACACGGCAAGCGCUGAUGUGUGCAUGCCACUAGCACAGGCGGAGCUGGGCGCUAAUCGGUUUUUUUAGUCGAUUGCCUUCGUUUGCAACUAACUUAAUUCUAUAGCUAAUAAUUUCCAGUGUUUUUACGAACACUAUUUACCACGCAUCCACUUACAAACAGUAAUCACUAAGGCCAGUAAAACAUUUAACUGCCGGUUCGGCAUUAUUUAUGCUAAGCUGCACACGUUCACUAAGCUAUUUGAAGAAAAUGAUUCCAAAAGUUGUAUUUGUCCUGGGCUCACCUGGUGCUGGCAAGGGCACACAAUGUCAAAAUAUAGUCAAGCACUUUGGUUACAAGCAUCUAUCAGCUGGUGACCUGCUCAGGGAAGAGAUGUCUAAGCCCAACUCAGAGUUUGGUGAAAUGAUAGACAGCUAUAUAAAAAAUGGCAAAAUAGUACCAGUAGAUAUCACUUGCUCUUUGCUAGAGCGAUGCAUGACACAAUCAGGCAAUGAGUACUUUCUUAUUGAUGGUUUUCCAAGAAAUCAGGACAACCUGGAUGGUUGGAACAGAAGAUGUAAUGAUAAAGUCAAAUUACAAUUCAUUCUCUUCUUUGAUUGUUCUCUAGAGAUCUGUACAGACAGAUGCCUGAGCCGCGGCGCUGCAGGUAGUGGCAGGUCCGAUGACAACAUGGAGAGUCUUAAAAAACGCUUCAAUACGUAUCAGAAUGAAUCAAAACCAAUAAUUGAGCACUAUGAGCAGAUGGACAUGGUGAGGAGGGUUGACGGUAAUCGAUCACCGGAUGAGGUCUUCGCCGAUGUGAAGAAGAUCUUCGAGAAGUCAAUGGCUGAGCCACAAGCGUAAACCAAAGCUACAUAGGGUACCUAUCAUCAAACAAAAUGGUGUUAGCAACAUUCCUGAUGUUCUCAUUCCAAAAAUAUCUGUUACCCAUAUAACUUGCUUUUAAUCAAUUCAGAAUUUACAAUAUGUAUCAUGGAUUAAAUGAAUUUAGCCUAUAUAUAUAUAUAAAUAUAUAUGAUGUCAAUGUAAUCUAACAUCAGGAACGUGUAAAAAGACAAAUAAAUCAGAUAUAAUUAA